UGACAACUUUUUAUUGAGGCGUUUCAUUCAAUAAAAGAGAGCAACUAUAACGUGUCUGCAGGUUAUUUUUCCACCCUAGAUUAAUAGUUGCUAUUUGUUGACAGAGCUAAUUAAUAUUUUAGGUGUUGUGGGUGGUGGGAAGGAUAUACACAUAAUUUGCCCCAGGGUACAAUUGUAAUCUGCCUCGUGAUCAGAUUCACACAAUGGUCUAGCCUACGUUUAAUUCAAGACAACAGGAUAUUAUAGUUUACCUGCUUUGCUGAAAUGUUCGGACCAAGGAUUUCACCUCCUUGUCCAUUGUUCAUUCCGCAGCAUGCUUUUCCUGAAACACGACACCCCGCGCCAAUUAAUAAAACAUUGCAGAUGGCUGAUCACCCGAGCCCUUUCGGCUGUAUAUGUGGUGAAAGGCGACAUAAUCGUUUUUGCACAAGAUCUAGAUUGAGAUUAAGAGACACAGACAGAGACUGGCAGAGAGCUAGUACAGACAGCAUGUUAAAACCCCAGCAAAGCGAGCUCCUCUUGCACGAGUCGCGGUUGUAUGGGAAGCCGUGGUUCUGGCAGCGGAAUUCCAGCACCAUGGAGAGCAGCCGGAGCCUCGCGCGGGUGAUCAUGGAGAUGAGCAACGAAAUCAAGAAGCUCGAGACCGAGAACAGUGUGCUAAGGGGGGAAAUCGGUCAGCCGACGAUUGGGACUGAGCAAGGGGAACCGAAUCCGUAUUCACCGGCAGGACAGCCCAGGACCGGGGCUGACGACAACCCAUCCCACAUGAACCUGAGACGAAAUGCGUCCGCGCCCGCACUCGAGCGGCAAUACAAGGAGAACAUUGUAAUGACUGUCCGGAGAUACUCAAUCGCCUCCAACAUGCCAAGUGUAAUCAGGAAGAGUGAGAGCGAAGAUAGGGUGUCGAAGAAUAGAGAGGUUGCGAAAGGAAGUAACUCAAGUUGGGGUCAACUUCACGAGGAAGUCCAUGGAAGGGCCCCAUCCGUCUUCGGGAAUUCCACGCGAGACGAGUUCAGCACCACUGCAAAGAAGUUAACCAACAGGUUAUUUCUCCAAGAAUAUGUGCACAAAAACAGGACCAAAGUAAAGACGGUCACAUUUCUUCUGCCCGUGGAUAACAUCUACACCAACCGACCAGUUCUGGCCAACCAUCUGCCAGAUGUGGAUGCGAUUGCGGAGACGGAUUCGUAAAGUGAAGAUGGAUGGCGACAGGUGGCGGGACAAUAUUUAAUCUAUAGCCCAUCAAUAUGUGAAGAGCAGGGAGUUAGGCCUAUAUAAAUGGGCCUGUCACACAAACAGUAUCUAAGGCAGAGUGUCAGCUAACAUGUUUUUUUAGGUCAGCCAGAAGAUUGAUUUUAUCGCACCUGACCCGAACUCCACACACGGAGACUCCGGUUACAGGUGUCGUUUCCAUACGGCGGAGGUGAUCCAACGCCCGGUAGUCAGUGAUGAGCCGCCAGCGCUCCCUCUGUUGCAACACAAACACAACACUCCCUCCGCGGAUCAGAUGUCCGGCCCUGCAGCCCAUCGUGUCAAUCGGAACCUUGAGAACGCUGCAGGUGACGAUCGUUUUAGUGACAGUGUGGUCUCUUUUUUCCAGAACAAUGGGCAUGCAGCCUCUUGGUGAAUUUCAGGGUCAUCACUUGUCCUUCUUAACUAUGUAAUGUAGGGUGCCUUUGAGAAAAAAAUCUAUUGGCCUAUCAAUAUUUUGCAUUGGGUCAAGACAGAGAGAACACAAAUUCAUUAGAACCAGGCUGUUCCUUUUUACAGAUAUUAUUUUAUUCUCUCAAAAUUAAUAUUGUCCCUUCUUUUCCUUGGUAUUCAUGUACAGUAAAUGAAGUAAAUUAAUUCCCAGUGCAAGUUAUUUUAUCUGCUUUGGUUCUGCUGAAAUGAAAAGUAGGACUAUAUCAUACAUUAUCUCAUUUGUAAAUAGUCAAUAAGUACUUACUUAUUUUGUCUAACUUUAAAUAUCCUUUUGUCUUUAUUAAAUAUUUCAGUCUUAUUAUAAAUGUUAAGGUUUGUUCAUUCUUUUUCUAGAUAUAAUAUUUACACACAUGAUUGACUUUUUCAUAAUAUAAUCUUAUUGCUUGGGUAUUUUAAUAUUUUAGGCUUAAACAUAGUCUUCAACUGUUUAAAAAAACAUUAAUAGGAGGCUACAUUUCUUUUUUAACGCAUUAAAACUUCAUAGACAAUAUAAUAUUGGCACAGGACUGUCAAAUACCUCAUCAGGAAAUACAAAUGAUAUGUAUGUAAAUGGACAACCGUAGUAUGUCUAUUACUCAUAUAUAUAUAUAUACACAGUACGAGUCAAAAGUUUGGACACACCUACUCAUUCAAAGGUUUUCUUUAUUUUGACUAUUUUCUACACGGUAUAAUAAUAGUGAAGACAUCAAACUAUGACAUU